AAAAUAUUCUCCAUGAACAGUAGCAGAGUACCGGCGUAUAUCUAUCAGGCUCCGAAUUCGAAACGCAUGGCAAUUGAGCCAGGAGUGACAAUCUGCCGUGUUCUACAUUUAUUCCGAAUAUUCUAAUAUUCUAAUUGCUGAUUUCCCGCUCCAAUGCCUCCUCGAUUGCGCCUCUCCGUUUCCCUCCUCUCACACCCCCUUCGGCAUGAAGUCCUCAUAUAUUCGCGACGAUAUGCCGCCACAGCGGCAGCAGCAGUUGUGACAUCCACAAUAAGCCAAACAUCCCAAUCGAAAUCCACAUCUUUACAGCCACCUCCUUCCCCUGCUGCAGCAUACCCAUCAAACCAACCCCCAUCGCACCGCCGCCCUGAGUUCCGCAAAUCCCAGCUCCACCGCCAAUACACUUCCAUCCUCCGCACAACGCCGCUGAUCCUGAUUUUCCAGCAUAACAACCUUCUAUCCGUAGAAUGGGCCGGCAUACGUCGCGAGCUUACAAAAGCUCUACAAAAAGUUGACGAGGCAAAUGCUGCUGCCGGCAGAACAGAGCCUCCGCUGGCUUCCCUAGUUCAACUUAAAAUCAUCCAAACUAGCAUUUUCGAGGCUGCUCUGCGUGUCGUGGAUUUCUUCCGGCCCGGCGAAACAACCCCCCGCGGCCCUGGCAAGAUUGCAGCCGCUAAAGCUGACUCCAACUUAACACAUGAUCUCUCUCGCACGGCCUAUGCCGCAGUACUGGACAAAAAGGGCAAACAUGAUCUUUCAAAUGUCCUAAUCGGCCCAAUUGCUGUGCUCACUUUCCCACAUGUUUCCCCGGAGCAUUUGAAGGCUGCCCUAUCGAUUUUGGCACCCAAGCCGCCACAGUUCCCCGCACCAGGACGAAGGUUGAAUCCCGGUCUAUACGACCUGCCUGUCCAGGAGGGAUUGAAGAAAUUGAUUUUGUUGGCGGCGAGGGUGGAGGGCAAGGUGUUCGACCAAGACCAGACGAGAUGGGUUGGUGGAAUUGAGGGUGGCAUGACUGGGUUGAGAUCUCAACUUGUGUCGCUCUUGCAAGGCGCAGGAGCAAGCAUUACUACGACGUUGGAUGCGGCCGGUAAGAGUCUGUAUCUUACUCUUGAGAGCCGGAGGAGCGUCUUGGAAGAGGAGCAGAAGGGACCUGAGAGUGACGUUAAGAGCGAGAGUGAGGGGCAAACGGAUGCUUUAAAGGAAUAGACGAUGACUAUAUACUUUUGUUUGUUGUUCCAUUUUUUUUCAUUGUUCUACUUCUAGAUAUAGCUUGUGGUCGUUUCUGGUUUUUAUUUUGGUUUGGUUCUUCUGAUACAUGCUGACCUUUUUCCUCUAUAUCUACUGUACAUUAUGUAUCAUAUAUUUUAUCCAAACCGGUUCAAAACCUCGGUCAGUAUGCUGGCACUGUUCCUAUAAUUGGUUAUUUUGCCAAAUAUGGAGCAACAACCCUCCAAGUGGUUGUUUGGCCGAAUUUAUUUCUGUCUCAUCAUGAGCCUUGCGUUCAUUCCAACGACACAUCUCACUAGAUCCCAGUCACCGCCUAAUCCAACCCAAUCGCACACCAGAAUCCCCGUAGACCAAUCCCCCUUCUCCCCUUGAUGCUUGCGGCACAAAUAAUCCACUGCAGCUGGAUUCACUUUGGCCGCAAUCUUUUCCGGCCAAGUCGUUACUUUCCAAAAGUUGCUCGCGCUAAGGAAAUUUAUAUAAAAGGGAAGCUUGAGAUCACCACGGUCGCUAUUAUCUUCUCCUUCCUUCUUAAUGACGCCACACGGAUAACACAGCUCCGCCGCCCUCCCAAAAUGAGCAUUGAUAUACUCUAUUUUCUGCUGGAUCUUUUCUUUCUCGAGUACCUCGUAGAAGUCCUGGAUGCAAAUGUCUCCGCUUGGGCAUGUCGCAAAUGGGGUAUUAUCAGCCCAGCCUUCCGCAUCGAUACCCCAGCCCCGUCCUCUCCAUUCUUUCUUCAACCGAUCUUCUAAAGCAAACCGCCGGAUCAACACGAUCUUACCCCUAGAUUUGCCAAGGGUAGGGACUUUGGGUUCGGUGUACCACCGGCUCCCAUCUCGCGCAUAGUGGUCCCGGAGAAUGCGGCUAAGUUGCGCAUCGGUAGAGUUCCCUGGCCCUUCCCGCUUCACGGACAUAAUGAGAGUUUCAGAAGGAUUGCGCUCAAGGAAUGAUUCAACCUCGUUAACGAGAUCGCGGAAGUAUUUUUGCCCCGUAAAUGAGAUCGGGAAUGCCCCGUGGACAAGCACCAGAUUGUCCUUGCUUGGAUCGUCGGGAAAUUGGGGCUGCACCCGGACAUCGAAAAAUCGAACGCCGUUUUCCAGUUGUUCUCGGGGCCCAACAGCCUGACAGCGAACUGAGGGAGGAGCUAGAUGGCAUGUUGGGGAGUUGUGCGUACCGGGAAUGGAAAGGGCAGAAAGAUAGGUUCCGUCAUUGAGCUCGCGCAUCCAAGCAUUGAGGUUGGCAGAGGAGUAUACAGCAAGGUGGGAUUCCGGGAUAAUAUAGAUUCCGGUAAAUUGGAAACGGGGAUUAGCAGCCAGCGGUUUAGAUGUGGCGGACUCCUUGGUAGAUACAGGGGUUUCAAUUUGGUGUCUCUCGCCUUCUACUUCAAAUAUCAGACGCAUACGUUCUCUAUCUGACUUGUCAAAAGCCCGGAUAUCCGUAACCACCGAGGUAAAUGGUUCAAUCCGAAUUGACACAUCAUGAUUAGCAAGAAUUUUGGGAUUCUGCGUCGAAGUGUCCACGACUGAUGUAGAUCUGGUCACAUUGUUCUUCAGUAGUGCUUCGGCCACCUUCUUGAUAUCGCGCUUUGGGACGUCCGGGGCCAGGA